UGCAGAGCUUCGGAACAUAUUUCUCCUUGACGACCCAUCAAAACAACCGUGUGUCGAACAGCAGCAUUCAUUUGAUUCAAGUAGAAAACAGAGUAAAGGGCUGCAUAACAGUACACACAACGACAAAAUAUGGAUUCGGAAGACCUUAUCCAGUACGUGGACUUCGUGGCCAGCAGUGGCGUCGUCCUGAGCUCCGAGCAGAAGGCGGCACUUCAGACAUCCCUUGUCAUCAUGAAGAACCACUACAAGUUCCACCGGGUUUACCUUUGGGGGAAGAUCCUUGGCAUCAAGGAUGACUACUUCAUCGCACAAGGCGUUUCACGGGACGAGAUGGCAGAAAGGAAAACCUUGUACAGCCUUGACUGUGUGCAGUGGAACCUACUGCCACCUGCAACAAAGGCCAUGCGGGAUCACACGUCUGUUGUGAAGGGUCGGUUCACAGGGGAUCCGUCCUAUGAGUAUGAGCACACAGAGAUCAGGAAAAUUGGUGAGGGGGAAGAUGCUACAGAGGAGGAGCAUACAAUUCAAGUAAAGGAGGAGGAUCGUCUGACCUCUGUCAUUGCCACCAUUGAUGAGGAGGUGGCCAUUGCACCCCGGGGGGCCUUCAUCAAGACACCACAUGGGGAAGUCAUCCGGAACCGAAGCUUUGAAGGUCUGUCUGUGUCAGAAGCAGGGAAGCUGAACUCGUACUUCCACCUGCGUGAGCCUCUGAAGCUGAAGGAGAAGACUCUGUUGGAGAAGGCCGAUCUCGAUCCAUCCAUCGACUUCCUGGACUCUAUUGAAGAGGACAUUCCCAGAGGAGGCUCCUGGAGUGUGCAGUUUGAGCGUGGCAGUGGGCUGGUGGCCCUGCGCAGCCUGGUGUGGCUGGGUUACACGUUCUUCCAUGUUCCUGGUACACUCAAGUUUGGCUCAAUGUACAUUGGAAAUGGCGAGAAGAACAACGACUUACCAUUUAUGUUGUAACUUUGCUUUGCAUAGUAGGAUGAUUCCAAAGGACAGAACUAUUUAGAGGACUUUUAUUCCUGUUGUAUAUAAAAGUGGCACAGAGCUUUAAGUGCUCUGCUUUUUGGCAGUUGUUAUUGAUAUUGAUUAAAUAUCAUUUAUGGCCCUCUAAUCUGCACCAGACCAGUUUGUUAGCUACAUUUUGGCAUAAUCCCUGUUAUCACAGGUGUACCUAUUAAAGUGUAUUGACCUGCACUAGCUAUAUCUGCUACCUGGGAAGGUUUCUUCAUGCUGGAACCAAAUGUAGUUGAUAUCCUUUUUUCCCAAACUUGUACAUUGCACAUGUUAAAAAAUGUGAUGCACUAUUGAGAUAUUGGACAGCUCUUAAAGUAGGGUACCCUUGCAUUUUUUUCUUGUACUUGUAUACAGUUUAUUGAUGUUAAAAUAGAUUUUUAAUGCCUUCUACAACUCUAUCAGUGAUACAUGGUUGAAUUCUACUGAACUGGAUGUGACGGAUUCUUUGUAUGAAACAUGAGCUGUAAAUAAAGUAUUUCCUCACUGUG